ACCUUGUGUAAUGAAAAACCCAGAUCUAUAACCUCUCCCUAUAUAUUCUGCAUGCAUUGAAGUAGGCUCAAACCCUCAGGGACCUGGUAUAGACGCGGAAUCUGUUUCACACAACAACUGCUAUUUGAAGGAAAAAAAAAAGGAAGCAAAUGAUACCAAGACAAGCUCAUAACAGAGAUCCAAUCAGCAGAUGUGUACGGAUGAAAAUACAGUGAGAUGAGUCAGAAAACGGCCAAGGAGGGUCCCAGACUCUCCAAAAACCAAAAGUACUCCGAGCACUUCAGCAUACACUGCUGCCCGCCGUUCACCUUCCUCAAUUCCAAGAAGGAGAUAGUGGAUCGGAAGUACAGCAUCUGUAAGAGCGGCUGCUUCUACCAGAAGAAAGAGGAGGACUGGAUCUGCUGCGCCUGCCAGAAGACCAGAACCAGCCGCCGUGCCAAGUCCCCUCAGAGGCCCAAGCAACAGCCAGCUGCGCCCCCCGCGGUGGUCAGAGCGCCAGCCAAGCCACGGUCCCCUCCGAGGCCUGAGCGUCAGCCACGGUCCCCUCCGAGGUCUGAGCGUCAGCCACGGUCCCCUCCGAGGUCUGAGCGUCAGCCACGGUCCCCUCCGAGGUCUGAGCGUCAGCCACGUUCCCGCCCAGAGGUCCGACCACCGCCAGCCAAGCAGCGUCCCCCUCAGAAGUCCAAGCAACAGCAGCGCAGCAGCCCCCUCAGAGGGCCAGGCGCCAGCCGUGGGGGGUCCCCCGUCAAAGCUUCUAGGUUCUGGUAACACCAUCUCUUCCCUUUUGUUCCCCAGCCCUAAGAUUGAAAAGGAAGAUCAGGCCGACCCCAAAGAAGAAGUGACCAAGGAGGAAUUUAAACUGAAUGAACGGCCUCGGCUCCUGGACUCAUUGCUUUACAACC